GCUGCCUAGAACAAGUCAUAUGACAUGUGUCGCGCAGAGCAUGUCAUGUGAUUAGUGGAGGAGAGGCGGGGCGGUAGCCAUGGAGACGCUGUACACAAAUCAGUGCCGUGCCAUACAGGAAAGAAAGUGAGAGGAGAGUUGGAUUUUUCAUUUUAGGAUUCUACAAUGGCUACCCAAGAUGAAAGCCACCUCCCUUUUGCUGAUACGUUUGAUGAGGACGAAGCUGAGAGGGACUUUCUUCUAUCCAAGCCCACUUGUUUCCUUAUUGUUGGUAAACCAGCCACUGGAAAGGCUACAUUAGGAAAGAAGAUCUCACAGUCAUGGAACUGCAAAUACAUUGAAGCCCAAGAAUUGAUAAAUGAACACAUAAAAAGAGGAACCGAGCAAGGAAAUAUGAUUCUAGAACUCUUAUACAAAGGUCAAAGUGUUCAGGAUGAACUGAUAGUACAGAUGAUUGUGGACAAGAUUAAUUCUGAAGAAGUUGCCCAUUAUGGUUAUGUACUUUGUGGACUUCCAUCACUGUGUGAAGACUAUAUGAAGAUUGCAGAACAGAUUGGGCUAAUAAAAAAUUUAAAAUUAAAGCCAGAUGUCAUUAUAAAUAUUAAGUGUCCAGACAGGGAUUUGAGCAAAAGACUAACUGGACAGAAGCAAGAUCCAGACACAGGUUUAGUCUAUCAGCGUCAAGACUGGGAUCCUGCAUUUAAAGAGAAAAAGAAAAAGUCUCAGGAAGGAGAAGGAGAGGAGGAGGAGGAGGAGGGGGAAGAAGAAGAGUUUGAAGAAGAGGAAGAAGAAACUGAGAACUAUAAAGGAAUCUUCGAUCGGCUUGUGUGUAGACCAGAGGACUUCCCAGAAAAUGUUGAUGAACGUAUACGACUUUACAAAGACACUAUUUUACGCCCUGUGGAGGAUCUAAUGAUUGAUCAUGAACCUCAAUAUCUAAUAGAACUUGAUGGAAAUAAAAAGCCUGAAGAAUUAUUUGUGUCUAUGUUGGCUCGUCUGGAAUAUCUAGGUUUGCGUCAUGGAGCUGUGGUGAUGAAACUCUACAACCCUGAAGAAGAGGAGUCAAUAGAAGGGCUUGAUGGUGAUGAGCUGUUGCGGACCCUUUCAGGUUACCAUAUAAUCGCUCCAAGAUAUAGGUGGCGUAGAAGCAGAUGGGGCACACUGUGUCCUGUGGCUCUUAAAGAAGGCUAUAUACAGAAAGGGUUACCGGAGUUUGCUGUUAGUUUUCUAGAUAAAAUGUAUCUAAUAUCCUCUGAGGAAUCGCUUAAAAAGUUCAUGCAGAAUCCUCGUCCAUUCCUCCUACCUCCUAUGCCUCUGCCUCCUUGUAAAGUUGCUGUCAUGGGGCCAAAGUCUUCAGGGAAAACCACCAUUUGUAAUUUACUAGCCAAAAAAUAUUCAGGAAAGGUCUUUGACAUGUCUGUGCUGAUCUUGCCACAUGCUGAUGAAGCAAAACAAAGUGCUCUUGCAAAAGCCCAUGAAGAAGCUAAUGAAAAAGCUAUAGAAGCUGUUAAAUUAAAGCUGCAGCAAGAGAAAUUGCUUAAAGAACAAGCAAUGGCAGAGGUUCCCAAAGACACAGACAUAGAAGUAGGAGCAGACGAUAUUUCCUCAGCUCGGACAGAUGAAGAGCAUAGUGUAAAAGAAAACUUAGAGGAAUCUGGUACACCCGAAGAUGACUCGGCCCCAAAGCAGGAAAUAAUAGAGAAUGCAGAGGAGCAGAAUAUAAUGCAACAAGAUGACAAAGUAGAGGAGGUGACUGCUGAUCAUCCAGAAGUGCAACAAAUGGUUGAGGAAGCUAUGAGAAUUGCACAGGAGACUCCAGUGACAUUAAGUGCAGAUGUGUAUGUCAGUACCCUGGAGAAAGCUAUCGCAGAGUUCAAUGAAGAAAAUAAAGAGCGGUUUCCUGGUGCCCCACCUGUUGGAGGAUGGCUAUUAGACAAUUUCCCAAAUUCACCAAAUUAUUGGAUACCUCUUAGUGAGAAGGGACUUCUUCCUGAUAUUGUCAUUUGUUUAAAAAAUUCAGCAGAUAAUGGAAAGUGUCUGCUGAAUAGACUGUACAUGUUGAAUAAACAGGAAAUAAAUAGUAUUAUAUUGCAAAGACUUGAGAAGGAAAGGGCAAGGAAGCUACAGGAAGAGGAAGAAACAAGAAAAGAACAGGAGGAGAUAAUGAGAUUGCAGCUAGAACAGAAGAAACGGCAGGAAGAGAUGCAAGACCCCUUGGAACAUAUUGAAAAUAAGCCACAAGACUCCAGUGAUCAGCCUAUGCCAGACACAGAACAUACAGACUUGGCUUCUCCAAAAGAUAUGUCGCAGCCCAGUUUAGACAAUAUUGAACCACCACAACAGCCAGAUCAACAAGUGGAACCAGAACAAGACUCCAGGGAUCAGCCUAUGCCAGACACAGAACAUACAGACUUGGCUUCUCCAAAAGAUAUGUCGCAGCCCAGUUUAGACGAUAUUGAACCACCACAACAGCCAGAUCAACAAGUGGAACCAGAACAAGAAAUCGUUUUACCAGAAGUUCCUGAUGGAGGAUUUCCAGAUGUGCCAGAGAUGGAGCCUCUGAAGGCACUCAUAAACAAAUUUAAUGAGGACUGGCAUCUGCUGGAGCCUGUGUUCAGUGACACAUCUCUACUAAAUGUUACUCACUUGGAAAUGGCCAAUAAAUCACCAGAAGCUCUUCUACAGGAGGCAGUGACUGCUAUGGAAAAACCAUUUCAGUAUCAAGGAUGGGAAGUAACCUCUCAGGACAUAGAUGAGGAAGCAGAAGACAUGCAAGCAGAGCUGGAUGCCGAGGAGCAAGAAAUGGAGGGAGAUGAAGAAGAAGAGAAUGAAGAGGCAGAAGAAGAUGAAGAAGUUAUCAGGGAAAAGAAGAAGCACUAUGGGGAUUCCAAACACUUCUGCCCAGUGGCAAUAAAGGACAACUUUAUUCUACAGCCAGGACUCCAGGAUAAUGCUGCUUUAUACAGGGACAAGACAUACUACUGCUCAAGCCCUGAAGCAAGAAAUACAUUUCUACAGAAUCCUGAGAAUUAUGUUGUCCAUAAAGAACCAUUACAAGCACCACCCUUGAGAGUCCUCUUGAUUGGAACAGGUGGCACUGGGAAAACAGCUAAUGCAAGAUGGUUAGCCAACAAGCUAGGUAUGUUCCACAUCCAGUUUCAAGAACGCCUGCAAGACAUCAUGCUGUCUAAGCUGGAGAAAAAAAUUGGACCUCACCAUGAAGAAGAAUCGGUUGAGGAAGACAUGACUGAUGAAGCCAUGUUGCUUUUGUUAGAAAAUGGAAACGCAGAGGAAAGUAAAAAGGAGGAAUCAAAGGAUUCAAAGGAAGAGGUUGUUCUCACAGUAGAGGAGGAGGCCAUAAAGUCUUAUUUAGCUGACAAUGAACCCCUACCAACUGAAGUGCUGGAUGAGGUUGUAACAGAAUGGUGGACCAAGGAACCUUUUCGGUCCACUGGAUUCAUCCUGGAUGGGUUCCCUAGCAAUGUAGAAGAGGUUCAGUACAUAGGAGAACGGGGCUUUUUCCCAGACAUUGCUGUAUUUCUGGAAGCAGAUGGGAGUGACAUUUGUGACCGACUGUUGCCCCCUCGGCUAGCUAAAUGGCAAGAGCGACGAAGAAGAAAAGAAGACCGCAUACGGAAGUUGACAGAGAUGAAGAAGAAGAUAAGGGAUGAACAGAUUGCCAAGAGAAGAGCUGAACUUUUGGCUGAACAAAUGAUAAAUGCAGAAAAAGAGAAUAAAAAGGAUCCUGAGGCCAGUGAUGAGGAAGAUGAGGAAGAGGAGGAAGAGAUGGACCCUAUUGAGCAGAUUCUUUCUGAAGAAUUUCCAGAAGAAGAGGAGGAGGAGCAGGAGGAAGAAGAACAAGAGGAGGAUGCCAUAGAGAGAAUGAAAUCUGAGAUUGGAGAAAAAUGUGAAGCUGAUGGCGAGUCACUUCAAGCAGUAAAGGAUGAACUUCAAAGCCUAAUGGUACCAUGUGUUACAGUCAAUACAAGCCGUAAAUUGCACAUUGUGCAUUUCCAGCUUUAUGAAAAACUAAAGAACCCAGUGGAAAAUCGAGAAAGUCUCUUUGAAAAAUGUUUUCCCAUUAGCCUGUCCCUUGCAAGCAAGAUGCUUCAUAUGUCAUAUAAGCAUCCCAGUAUCUUUAGACGAUGGGACCCUGUCAAGCUUGGCCAAGGAGAAGUAAUACAGCCUUUGCAAAAUCAAGAAAAUCCUAGUUUCCCUUUGAUUUACCGGCAAUUCAUUUACUUUUUUUCAACAAAAGAAAACCGAAACACAUUUAUGAAGAACCCUAUUAAAUGUAUCCAUCAGCCAAAGCCUAAACCCUCAGUGCCUAUUAAAAUUGCAAUCAUUGGUCCUCCCAAAUCUGGAAAAACCACAGUUGCCAACAUGUUUGCUAGCAUAUAUGGCCUACAGCGUCUGUCAAUGGGAGAUGCCAUUCGGUCUGUUCUAUAUAGUCAGCCAGAUACAGAGCUUGCAUUAGACAUAAAAAGUCUUCUUGUGAAGGGGUUAGCUGUGCCUGAUGAGCUUGCAGUCAGAUGUCUAGAAGUGACACUGAUGGAUCUUACAUGUAACACUACAGGGGUGGUCCUGGAUGGAUAUCCAGCAACUGAACAACAAGCUAUCCUUCUGCAAGCUUGCAGCAUAAUUCCCAUAAAGAUCUUUGAAUUAGAAAUACCAAUGAAGGAGAUUUUAUACAGAGGACAACUGGACAAAAAGGAAUCAAAACGGCCGUACCCUGCACACGACAGUGCACAGAUAUUCACUAUGAAAAACUCAAAUUAUAAGCAGGAGAUCCAACGUAUUAAAGAAUAUUAUAUGUUGCAACAUCAAAACUGGUGUGAAGUAGAUGCCACACGGAGCAAAUGGUGGGUGGCCAAUAAAAUCCACGAAGAAGUCCGGGCAAGCUUAAAUCAACUGCAAACCUACAUGGAAAGAAUAAGGGAAGGUAAAGCUGCUGCUAUUGCUGAUUUCUGCAUCACCCCCCAAGAGCUGUUGUCGCGCCUGGGAGAGUUUUCACAAUACUGUCCUGUAAGCCUGGCACAAAGGGGAGAGCUUGUCGAUUGUUCGGUAACAUCAUCCCUGCAGUUUGCAGCUGAAUUCCGUGGACACUACUACAAGAUGGCUUCACGGCAGGAGCUGGCUGCAUUUUUACAAGAGCCAGAAUUAUAUGUUCCACCACUAGCACCACAUCCACUCCCCCCUCCUGAGAUGUUACCAAAGAAGCUAACAGUGGCUGAUGUGAAGGCUAGAUUCCCAAAAAAUGCAGAGAUGAAGGGCUACUGUUCAGUUACCUAUGUUGAUGGGAAGAAAAGGUAUGAAUCUAUUGUUCCUGGAAAUAUUGAAAAUGCUGCAGAAUAUAGAGAUAAAAUCUACAUUUUUGAAAGUGAAGAAAAGCUGCAAAAAUUCAUGAGAUUCCCAGAACAGUAUUGGAACCACACACUUCCAUCUAAACUGCCACCAAAGAUGGAGCCAAUUGUGCUAACGUCUCUUCCUUUAACUGGAUAUCUGGAACAGGGAGCAGCCACUGCUUUAAUAAAGGCUUUAAAUGAUGUAGGCUGUUUAAAGCCUAAGUAUCCUUUUCUAAGCGUAAAACGAUCUGCUCUGUUAUAUAUCGCCUAUCACCUCAAAGCAUACAAUUCACGCAAUUCAGAUUAUAUCCGGAACAAAUACAAGAAGAAGAUAGAGAAAUUUGUGGAGUGUUGUGAUCUGAUUACUUAUCUGGGAGACAAGAUGACUCGCAAAUAUAAAGAACCUCAGAGAAGACCUAUUGAUUUUGACUUCAAAAUGCAGUCUUUUCUUUCACUGAAAAACGUGGAUCCAAUGUUUAUUUAACAAGUGAUUUUCCUGUAUAUGGAAACAUAAUACAUGUAUAUUUAAUAUAUGUUAAAUCUCUAUUGAAUAGUGUGGAUUAUUAAUACAAUUUUAAAAAGCUCCAUGCCACUUUAAAUAAAGUAAUGUCUCAUAA